AUGCGCUACAUCAUAAGAGGCGACCAACAGAUGGUCCUUGCGAAGGCACAUGAGAAGUAUGGCCAGUUCGUGCGAAUUGCACACGACGAAGUCAGCGUGUGCCACGAAAACGCCGUGAAGUCGCUCUUGAUUGCGCCACUACACAAGAGUAAAUGGUACAAGAUCUUUGUGUUGCCCGACUACAGGACGCCCGGGCCGCUCGGAUUCAGAGACCCGAAAGAAAAGCUCAGACUGAACAUGAGCUUCAGGCAGGGGUUCGAUGCCAAACAUGUUAUCCGCUCGGAGCCCUACAUGGAUGAGGUCCUUGUCAAGCUCCUCUCUUGGCUGGACAAAUCAUCGGAAGAGAAGACUUCCCUGAAGCUGGGCGACUUCUUCUCGUACGCGGCUUACGAUGUCACCGGCGAAGUCACCUUCUCACAGUCUUUUGGAUUUACCGAGAAAGGUGAAGAUAUCGGGGGAGCAAUCGCGGUGAACGAAGCCAUGGAGUUGUUUUUCGUCCUGUUCGGCUUUAUCCGCUACGUCAGUUACAUCUUCUGCAACCCCCUAACGACCUGGUUGGAAGUCCUGCCCCUUGGGUACAUGGGAGAAAAGGCCAAGAGCGCUCUGGCAGAACGGAAGAAGAACCCAGAUGCCCGAUUUGACAUUGCUGCUCAUUGGUUCCGCGCUCUAGAAAAGAACGGCCCAUCCAAGAUUUGGAACGACGAUAUGGUGGUUGCUGCUGCCAUCUCGAACCUUGGUGCCGGCUCGGAUACUAUCUCUUGUGCCAUGCAAAGCUUCGUGUACCAUCUCAUUCGCCACUCCAAUGCGUGGCAACGCAUGAGAGACGAGAUUGACGCUGCACGGAAGGAGGGUCGCUGUCAGGACCAGAUUAUUACUUACGAUGAUGCUGCAAAACUUCCAUUCCUGCAAGCAAAUAUCAAGGAGGCUCUGCGAAUUUUCGCUCCCAUACCAAUGGGCUUGCCACGUGUCGUCCCUAAAGGCGGUAUCAAGUUUGGCGAUAUCUCCUUCACCGAAGGGACCGUGCUCUCAUGUAAUCCAUAUGUGCUUCAUACAUCCAAGGAUCUCUGGGGCCCAGAUGCGGCUGAGUACAACCCAGAUCGUUGGCUCGGCCCGAAUGCGGCGAGCUUGGAGAGGUUUUUCUGUCCGUGGGGGGCCGGAUGGGCGUCGUGUCCAGGACAACAUAUCGCGCGAAUUCAAAUGUCCAAGAUGGCUGCAACCUUGGUGAGGGACUAUGAUUUCCGGCAGAUGAAUCCAGAGGAGGAGUGGGAGUACAAAGCUUAUUUCACUGUUGUUCCUCACGGAUGGCCUGUCUAUGUGACUAAGAGAGAUGCGUAA